AAGCAUCACUCCUGGUGCCCUUCCUCCGUUUCUUAUGUCGGAAAAACCAACCCAAGUCGAGGAAAUCUCCUCUUCAAACUCGGUCUUUGUUGCUGAAAAGCCAAUUGUGAUUCCAUUGGAGCUUGUGCCCAAUACUUCAACGCAGACACCCACAUUUGUCUAUGUUCCUCAUCCGAAUCGAAACCUCAUGUCCAACAUCAUUUUCAUCGAGCAGACCGACUAUUUCAGAAAUCUUGCAAAAUACAUAUGCCGUCUUGCACCAAGAAGAAACAUUGAAUAUUCUGCAAGUACAGAAGAAGACUGGGUUUUGGUCACAGUUUGUCACAUUACUCUCAAGUUCACAUUGGAUUACGAAGCUGGUUGUACUACAUUAAAAUGCAGCCAUCUCAAGCAUACCAUCGGGUUUCCGAACAUGCACUACGUCUUCUGUGCCAGCAUGCUCUUUGACUAUAUCUUGAAGACUUAUGCAUUUCGGCUCAUGCUUCUUAAAGUUUCGACGGACAGCUUAGAGAUAGGCUUCCCAACACAGAACUUAUCUAUUGAAAUUUUCUGUUUUGAUUGCUCCAAGGAUAACAUCGAAGAAGUAUUAUCUCGCUGGAUGCCUCAUAUUGACAAAGUUGAGCAAAUGAACAUUGGCAAUGUUCGCAGCGUGGAACAGCAUCGAAAAUGCUUAAAAAUCUUCAGAACUUAUUUCGAAGGAAAGACUGAAUCCUGGGCUGGUGAGACAAUGCCACUUUCCCUGAUCAAUGAGCUUCGCAGAAUGAUUCCAAGCACAUCACUUCAGAGAACAUCAGUUCCGAUUGCCCAUGUUUUCCGAUGGAUUAAGGGAUGGAUCAUUGGUCUUCAAGGAUACAAACAUAUCACUCAAGUCUAUUACAACAAUCCGGCUUUCCGCAUGAACAAAGGAGUAUUCCGAGUUUUUCUCAAAAUUAUGGACGACGUCGAAAAUUCCGAGUUGAUUCUCAAGAACUUUGAUGGAAAACGCGCCAAGCUAUACGUCACCAGCUAUGGUGGGCUCAACUUCCAAGUCAUUACCAAAAAUUUUGAAGGACAUGUGAACUGUGAUCCCUCUAGACUUCCAUUCAGUACCGAAAACCUCGCAGAUGACGUUUCCAAAGAGUUACAUUAUCUGGGACUCGACUAUGCUGAAGGACAAAACUUCCGAGAUUAUGCAACUCCACGAAAUCAGGGAAACAAUUGAUUUGAAUACCCGCAAUUUCAUUUUUAAAUGUUUAUUUGAUGCGUGUUAUUUUCCUAUUAGAAAUCAUAAUCUGACAAUGAUAUCAAAGUUCUUUUUUAAACCCUUUCACCCAUUCAAAAUUCCAUCCCGUCGCAUAGUUCCAAUAGAAUCCGGUUUUUAGAAAGUGUUUUAUGCUGUAAUCAUAAUAGAUUCAUUCAUUUUUAUUAAUUUCCUUGAAGUCAUUUCCCAAACACCAUUUUUCAAUCUUAAUUUAUUUUUCUCAUGUUUUAUGUGUACUAUGUUUAACGGUCGAUAACCCCAAUUGCUCCAAAACAGGUUAUUAAAAAAUUCAGAUGAAAAUAAUAAAUUUGGGAUAAAUUGC